CCACCUCUCUAAAUUAUAAAGAAGGAUCAAACCAAACGUCUCUUUCUCAGUUCUCAAUUUUCUCCAAUUCUAUUUUCUCUUCUACUAUCUCUCUCAAGUCUAAAACUCAUUAUCUCCAUUCUCCAAUUCUCUAUACUGCAGUGUUUAACAAAUAACAAUCAACAUUCAACAGACAACAAGCAAGGUUGGGAUGUUAGUCUAUGACUCAGUGGAAAUUCAAAUUCAUUUAUAGAGCAAGAGAUUAGAGAAGAAAUCUGAAAUCAUCAAUUCAUCGAGAUCAUUGGAGCCUGGUUCUAUCAUUCCUUUCUAUUUUUUUUUACAUUAUAUAGUUAAUUUUACUUACUUUGAUUGUGCUUAAUAGUUAAUAUGACUCGAAAGUCUAAAUCAGGAUAUGAAAAGCGCUGUAAAAAAAAGAAAGAAAUUGAAUUCAUCGAAUCUCAAAGGGGUGCUUUUCAUAAGUUUUUGACAAAAAAACCUCAAGCAGGUGAAAAAUCUGGUACUUCUAAUGGGUUAGAUGAAAUUGUUGUUGAUUGUGAGAAUGCUGAAAUUUUAAAAAAUACUAUUGAUGAUGUUAGCAAGGAUAUUACAAAUAAUUCAAAUGAUCUGGAUGAUAUUUCUGGUGGUGAGAAUGACAAUACUAAUGUUACACAAAAUGAUUCUAUUUUAGUUGACAUAUAUGAUCCAAGAAAAUGGGAUGGUCUUGAUUCAAAUUUGAUUGAUGUUUUGGUAGUAAAUGGUCCAAAAAGAGACUUAACUAUAGUGAAUGGCCCUAAAUAUAAAUAUUCUAGAAGAUUCUCUUCAACUUUUUAUACUAGAUAUUUGUCUAAUGGUGAAACUUGUGAUAGAGAGUGGCUUGUUUACUCAAAGGAGCUUGAUAAAGUUUUUUGUUUUUGCUGUAAAAUAUUCAAAAAAGGUCAUGGAAAAGGUCAAUUAACAAAUGAAGGCUUUAAUGAUUGGACUCACCUUAGUACUAGACUUAAAGAACAUGAAACAAGUGUUGAUCAUGUAUUGAAUAUGACUACUUGGUGUGACCUUCGAUAUAGAUUGCCACAAAAUGAAACAAUUGAUAAAGUUGCUCAAGAAUUACUUAAAAAAGAAAAGGAAUACUGGAAAGAUGUUAUAACUAGAAUUAUUAUUAUUGUGAAGUAUCUUGCGAAACAUAACCUAGCAUUUCGCGGAAAAAAUGAAAAGCUAUAUAAAACUAGGAAUGGCAAUUUUUUGGGUUUAAUUGAGAUGUUGGUGACAAACAUGGCUUUCAAGGGGGAAAAUGGUACUAUCAAGAGGAGAAACCGAACGUUAGAGACGAUCUUCUACAAUGCUUCAUAG